UUGUAAUUGACGUUUUGUUCUUCAUGUGGUAUUUUUAGCAAUACUUGUUGUUAAUUUCUAUAUUCUAUUUGACGAUAACAGUCUAAAGAAAAUACUGAUGUAGGGACAGAUGAUUUUUGGCUGAAUGAAGAUGAAAAAGGUCUCCAAAGAUAUUUACUUGAAUUUUAUAGAGACGGAUUUAUUGAGAUACCAGUUUCUCCACUUUCUACAAGUAACACGAAAAAGGUAGAUGAAUUUUAUGUCCCCUUACAGGCAAAUAUUGUUUGCAAAAAUAAGAAUGAAAACGUGACCAAACUAAUCGAUGUGUUCCAGCAAGACAACAAAUGCUUUCGAAACAUAUAUUUAACUGGAGAAGCAGGAAUAGGCAAAUCAACCUUUUGCAGAAAACUGAUUUCACUUUGGUGCAAUGUUAAACAAAAUCAUGGGAAAAUGUCAGCAAAUUAUUAUCCUAUCUUUUAUUUUGAACCAGAAUCCUCGUCAACGGUCAAUCCUGUUCGGGUAGAUGACGAGCUUGAAGAUGACUAUGAGCUAUUUCUGUACGAUGAAUGUGAAUCAUCAAAUAUGUAUUUUAGAGACGAUAGUGAAGAUUCAAGCACUGAAAAUGAGGAAUAUGCGUUAAACACAUAUUUAAGCGACGAUAGUGAAGAUUCAAGAACUGAAAUUGAGAAAUAUGCGUUAAACACUAAUUUAAGCGACGAUAGUGAAGAUUCAAGCACAGAAACAGAGAAAUAUGCGAUUUCAAAUGAAAGAGAAACCCAGAAUUCCUUUGCAACAGACAUCAAAUGUUCGAAAAACACAGAAACGGAUACCGACAGUGCAGCAAUCAAGAAUUUUGAUUUUCUUUUCUUUAUUUCUCUCCGCGAUACAUUUCAAGAAGUUUCCAUUGAAGAGAUGAUAAUAAAACAGAUUUUCUUUCACAAACCAAAACUUGCUGCAUGUUUCAAUAGAGUCAUUGACAGAAUUCCAGAGAAAUGCCUAGUUAUUCUAGAUGGAUUGGACGAGUGGACACCCCCCAAACCUUUGCCGACACAUCCUACUGUCACUAGGGGUUUGCCUUUAAGCUCUGUUUAUGGAAAAUAUUCAAAAUUAUUAACUACACGAAGAUGGAAGUACGAGAGUCUUAAUCCAAACAUAAAAGAGGGUGAUUCAGAAAUUAGGAUAACUGGCUUAGGAAAAAAAUCAUCAGAGAAACUUAUUGAAAACAUGUUAGUUGAAAGGGAUCAAGUAUUAGAAUUUAAAAUGGCAGUUGGAAUGAGCAACACUAAUGAUUUGCUUUCAACUCCUCUUCUUCUAAAAUUACUGAUUUGCUUAUGGCAAACAAAUUCUAAACUCGAAAGAUCUAAAACGGAUCUGUAUUGUUCUAUUAUCAAUAUAAUGCUUCAUCUGGCUGAAAAAAGGGAAAAAAGGGAUGAAGUGAAAUUGCCAUUUGAAAAUUCAGCGACCAAUUUACCACUAAUGUUGAGAAAAUUUCGUUACAUUGUGGAAAAUAGCAAACUUGUUGGCACGCUUUCGAAAUUCGCAUUCAAGUCACUGUUUCAGGAACCAUAUGGAUCAUCGGUCGUAUUCUCUGCUUUUGAUUUGUCACAGCAAGGUUUGAGUUCAAUUGAAACUCUUCUUUGUCUUCAAACGGGAAUUCUAACACAAAAGUCUAUAUCUAAUCAAUCCUUUUUAAUCCCAAAAGCAUCAUUGUCGUUAAUCCAUAAAAGUUUUCAAGAGUAUUUUGCUGCCGUGUAUGUUUCUAUCGCUGAGGAAGAAAAAUACAAAGAAACAAAGAAAUUAUUUUCAUGCAGAUGCUGCAAAACUAGUAACAUUUUAGAGAUGGCAAAUGUCUUGUUUUUUGUAGCAGAUUUAAGUCAAGAUAUAUUUCAAGACAUACUAAAAUCAAUAGCAAAAUAUUAUGGUGGUAUUACCUUAGACCCCGAAAUGAAUCUAACAAUGCAAUUAAGUGAAAAAGAUUGUGUGCUUACAAACAUUUUCCUAAGAUGUAAACCACAGUCUGUUGUUAUAAAAUCAACAAAUUUCGGUAAAGAAGGAAUAAGGUUCUCAGGUCAAAAUUACCAACUACGACUUGUAGAGCUCAGUUAUGUACGCUUGACAUAUUCAGCUUUCAAAACAUUGCUGGAAAGUAUUCCUGUAUCAGAAAAAGCUGUUGAUGUUAAUCUUGUAUGUAUUAGUUUGAUAGACAAUCAAUUGACAGAAAGAAUUAAAUUGUCUGUUCAUGUACAGAAUGUUUCCAGAUUGAAACUCAAAUACACAAAUCUUACCAAAGUAGAAUUUAUGCUGUCUGAAAAUAUCCGUUUUGUUGAAUUGGCCGAAAUUAAUAUGACUGACAGCGGUUUAAACACAUUGAUUAAAUCUGUUUCAGCAACAAAAAGCGAAGUUGAAAUUAUAAUACAGAAUGUAAUUCUCAAAAAGUCACAAGAUAUCUCUGAUACCUCUAAAUGUCGACUUUUAAACAUAGUAUUCAGCCCUUCAAAAGAUAAUGAAAAUGUGAAAUUGGGAACAAUAAAAAUUUGUAAAUUUUAUAUGUUAAAUGAUAAUAAUCGUAUACCAUCGUCCGAAUUAAGCAUUGAACAUGUUGAUUUUACAAAGGUGUCAUUUUCUUCUAAAGAAUUUGAAUAUAUUGAUUCGGUAAAUGCAAUAUCAAUCGAUUUAGGUAGAUUUAAAAUGUCAAAUCAACAUCAUCAACUUCAAACCAUAGAACUAAAAGAUGUAGGUUUGACACAAACAGGAUUCAAAACAUUGCUAGAAAAUGUUCCUACAUCGAGGAAUGGUGUAAAUGUGACAUUAGUUAGAAUUGCUUGGUUAUAUAUUGGCACCGUUUGUAUUAGGAACGUUAGGGAGUUAAAGAUUGAAUCUACAAAUCUUACUGGAUUAAAAAUUCGAUGCCAGAGUAUUUACUGUUGA